AUGAAUGGCACCGACAUCAAAAAGGCCGCCAUCAACAAGGCAAAGCAGGUCGCGCAGGCAGCGAACGGCAACGGCGGCAAGAAGCGGCGGAAGGGCCAGGACUUGAAGCCCAUUAUUACCACGGAGAAGCAGGCCAGCCAGGACGCCUCGCCUGCGUCGACCAACUCUUUUCACUACAAUGUGCAGAAUACCGCCUCACCACUCGCCCAGCACAAAAUGUACGCGAACCAAUUGAGCCACUCUCCAGACUCGUCGUCGUCGUCGGUCGACGAAGCAGACAACACAGCCGACGAAGAGGAUUCAGAGGAUUACUGCAAAGGCGGCUACCAUCCGGUCCAGGUGGGCGAGGAGUACAAGGACGGCAAGUACACGAUAGUGCGCAAGCUGGGGUGGGGUCAUUUCUCCACCGUCUGGCUGUCGAGAGACAACACCACCGCCAAGCACGUCGCACUCAAGGUCGUGCGCUCCGCUGCGCAUUACACCGAGACGGCCCUCGACGAGAUCAAGCUCCUCAAAAAGGUCGUCGACGCGAACAAGGACCACCCCGGCCGCAAACAUGUCGUCAGUCUGCUCGAUUCCUUCAACCACAAGGGUCCCAACGGUAUGCACGUAUGCAUGGUGUUUGAAGUACUGGGAGAGAAUCUACUCGGGUUAAUAAAGAGGUGGAAUCAUCGGGGUAUACCCAUGCCGCUGGUGAAGCAGAUUACCAAGCAAGUAUUGCUAGGCCUCGACUACCUCCACCGCGAGUGCGGCAUCAUCCACACCGAUCUAAAGCCAGAGAAUGUCCUCAUCGAGAUCGGCGACGUCGAGCAGAUCGUAAAGACGUACGUCAAGGACGAGUCGAAGCAAAAGGACAGCGACGAUAGCAAUAGAAAUGGCAGGCGGAGGCGAAGGACGCUCAUCACAGGGAGCCAGCCGCUUCCUAGUCCACUCAACGCGAGCUUCAACCAUGCCGAGCUUGCCAACUUCCCCGGCAGCACACAAAGCCUUAAUAGGAUUGUGAAUGAGAACACAGGUAAAGAGUCCCCAACGACUGUUCCGAGUCCGCUUUCACAAGAUGGUGUCGUAAUGAGUGGUGCUCUAGCAACUUCAUCGCCGGCAUCGAACCUGUCCAUGGCAGAACGGCUCGGCAUCAAAUCAGGCGCAAGCGAAGACGACGUGCAGAGGCAUCGAGAAAAGACUGCCGAUCUCCUCACCAAAGAAGUAUCGGGCAUCAGCCUCGAUAAGUCCAGCAGUUCCUCUGGAAAGACAGAACUGGAGCAACAAGUCGAGAAUGCUUUCGAAACCAUCUCAGUGAAGAUUGCUGAUCUUGGCAACGCUUGUUGGGUUGGACACCACUUCACCAACGAUAUCCAGACCAGGCAGUACAGGUCACCAGAAGUCAUUUUGGGCAGCAAAUGGGGCGCCAGCACCGAUGUAUGGAGUAUGGCUGCGAUGACCUUCGAACUGAUAACAGGCGACUACCUCUUCGAUCCUCAGUCUGGCACAAAAUACGGCAAAGACGACGACCACAUUGCCCAAAUCAUCGAACUUCUCGGCACCUUCCCGAAGGGCCUGUGCAUGUCCGGCAAAUGGUCACAAGAAAUCUUCAACCGCAAAGGCGAGCUUCGGAACAUCCACCGACUCCGCCAUUGGGCGUUACCAGACGUCCUACACGAAAAAUACCACUUUGCCGCGGAGGAAAGCAAGAAAAUUGGCGAAUUUUUGCUGCCCAUGUUGGAAUUGCUACCGGUGGAUCGGGCCAAUGCAGGAGGCAUGGCAGGCCACGAUUUUUUGAAGGACACCAAAGGCAUGGAGAAUGUAGAUUUGGGUAUUCCGGUUGGCAGCAAGGGCGAUGGCAUUGAAGGUUGGGCUACGGAAAUCAAGAAGACGCGGUAG